AUGUUAAGUACAAAAACCUUCGAUAAGGCACUCAAUCGAACUUUGUACGGCCCGCUAAUUGUGACUUCCCCUGGUUUCAACAGCACGAACAAAGUGAGCGUGUUGUUGUCCCUUUCCUUUGUGUGGGAUGAAAGGGAAAGGGAGUUUUGGAGCAGGGAGCGCUCUGUUUUCGUGGUUUUCUUUUUCGAUUUAGAGCGAAUUGGGAAAAUAAAUCGCUUCGAUAUCUUGUAUACGCAAGAAUAUUAUAAGUGUUCGAAUAAGGGCGCCGCCCACGACGCGAUAACGCAGCAUCCGCAGAGAAAUUAA